GAACCAAAAAUCUAUGUUGAUGCGUUGCUUGAAGUUCAUUCUAAAUACAAUGAUAUGGUUACAACAGCCUUUAGAGGCGAAGCUGGUUUCGUUGCUUCACUUGAUAAGGCAUGCCGAGAAUUCGUAAAUCGCAAUAAAGUGUGCAAAGCCUCGACAUCAAAAUCGCCCGAAUUAUUGGCCCGAUUUUGUGAUUCGUUGCUUAGGAAGAGUUCAAAGAACCCUGAGGAAAAUGAUCUUGAAGAGGUCUUGAACAAUAUUAUGACUGUAUUUAAAUAUGUGGAGGAUAAGGACGUUUUCCAAAAGUUCUAUUCAAAGAUGUUGGCAAAACGUUUGGUAAACGGAACAUCAGCAUCAGAAGAUGCAGAAUCAAGCAUGAUAUCUAAAUUAAAGGAAGCGUGUGGUUUCGAAUACACGUCAAAAUUACAGCGCAUGUUUACUGAUAUGGGAUUAAGUAAAGAUCUUAACGAUCAAUUCAAAGAGCGCAAUUCUAUGGGAGCUAAUGAACAAGUCGACUUCUCUGUUCUUGUUUUGGGUACUGCGUCUUGGCCACUUCAACCAUCUACAACAAAUUUCACUAUACCAGAAGAACUUGAAAGAACUUUCCAACAUUUCAAAAUGUUUUACCAACAUAAACAUUCUGGUCGCAAACUUAAUUGGUUAUUCCAUCUUUCAAAAGGUGAAUUGAAGGCUAAUUAUUGUCACCUAUCAAAGGCAGGUUAUACAUUCCAGGUAUCAACAUACCAAAUGGGUAUUCUUUUGCAAUACAAUAAAGAUACGUCAUACACCUUUGAAGAGUUAAAACAAAGCACCGAUUUGAAUGCAGAUGUCUUGGUAGGUGCCCUAGGGACCCUCGUUAAGGCCAAAGUACUUGAACUUUCUGAUGGUACGGAAGUCGGUGAUUCCUCGUCUCGUUAUGAAUUGAACAUGGACUUUAAGAGUAAAAAAGUCCGUAUUCAAUUAAAUGUUCCUAUCAAGUCUGAACAAAAAGUAGAAGUAGAAGAAACCCACAAAACUGUUGAGGAAGACCGAAAAUUAUUGAUGCAGGCCGCUAUUGUUCGUAUCAUGAAGACUAGAAAAACAUUGAAGCAUGUUGUCCUGGUGAACGAAGUGAUUGCACAAUUGUCGAAUCGUUUCAAGCCUAAAAUACCUGAUAUUAAAAAAUGCAUUGACGUUUUACUGGAAAAAGAGUAUAUUGAGCGAGUUGAGGGCCAAAAGGAUAUGUUUUCAUAUGUUGCAUGA